ACAGAAACCAGUUGGAGAAAUGUUAACAAGAUUGCCUGAUGAACCAUGGGCUACCCUUUGCGCUGACUUUGUAGGUCCCUUGCCCAGGUCAAAACAUGGAAAUACUAUGUUAUUGGUUUUCUUUGAUAAAUUUUCCAAGUGGACUGAGUUGGUGCCGAUGCGUAAAGCUACUACAGAUGGAGUAAUAAAGUCGUUUCGUGAACGAAUACUUUCUCGAUAUGGUAUUCCUAAAGUCUUAAUAACAGAUAAUGGAACACAAUUUACCUCAAGGAAUUUUAAACGUUUUCUAAAUGAAUUAGGCAUAAAUCAGCAGCUUACUGCACCAUACACUCCACAGGAAAAUCCUACUGAAAGAGCUAACCGAACAAUCAAGACAAUAAUCGCGCAAUUCUCAAGUGAUCAACACAAUAGAUGGGAUGAGUUACUCCCCGAGAUUAUGCUGGCUGUAAAUACCAGUGUAUCUGAAUCAACAGGAUUUUCACCAGCAUUUAUAACUCAAGGAAGAGACCCACGUUUACCAAAAACAUUGUACGAUGAGGUAACCAUUGGUACAGGAGUAGAAAGUUUGAGUUCAUCGAGACGAAAAGAUGAAAUGAAAGAUGUAUUCGAAAUUGUUAAGAGAAAUUUGAGCAAAUCAUUCGAAAACCAGAAAAGAUAUUAUAAUCUAAGAAGGCGUCAAUGGAAACCGAAAGUUGGUGAACUAGUUUGGCUCCGACAACACCCCCUAUCGAAGGCUACAGAUAAUUUUGCGGCAAAACUGGCUCCCAAAUUUGAAGGCCCGUAUUCCGUGAAACAUUUUCUAUCACCUGUAAUAGUAAAAAUUCAGAGAAUAGAAAAUCAGGAAGUUAGAACAGCACAUUUAAAUGAAAUUAAACCUUAUAUAAAUUAGUAUUUCUUAUUACUAAUUCUAUAUUCUUUUUAACUAUUCCUUAGACGACCGACAGAAAUAAAAAGAAAAAUGGACGGUAAGAAGAAAUUCGAUGACACCAGCAAGAAGUUCCGAAAACGUAUGGAAGAAGAGAAAGCGAAGGUUCGUCGAACCAUAUUUAUUGAUGACGAGAUGCCAACAACCAGCAAAAAGAGAAAGACAUGCAACCAACCCAGAAAAACGGCAACAUAUUUUCGUAUGAGCUCUGCAAAACCCCAAGCAACAGUCCGUACAAAAGAGAAAUUGCAGGAAAAGACGGAAGAUGUUUGCAAGGAGAACCAAACGCCACUAAAGAACAAAUAUAUCUCACCCAACAAGGGUAAAGAUCCUGUGAGAAAGGACAACAAGGAUGAAGUUAUAUGCCUGUCGUCCGACGAAGGAGAAAAUGAAGAUCAUGAAUGCUUAAACCCAACUGUCGAAGAAAAUAUACCACCUACUCCCGGUAACGACGUGGUAAACUCGCCUAUGUAUGCGCCACCAAAUUACCAUAUUGAUAAUCUGGGUAACGAGGAACAAGAACCAUGGUUCAGCCCGCUUUAUGGUGAACCAGAAGUUCCAAUGACACCUGGAAAAUCAAAUAACGACGCAUAUUCUCCGCCGUGCGACAGAUGCAAUAGUAAUGAUUGCAGUGAAGAAGAAUUAUUGCCACGACCGGAAGACGAUGUAGAAAUGCCAUCUCCUGAUGAAAUGGAAGAAAUCUUUCGUUCUUCAUUUGGACACUUCGACGAUACAUUAUGUCUCCGGCAACCAUCACCAACAUCAACAUCAUCACCAAAAUCGUCAACAUCAUCACCUCAAAGAAAAAGAAGUGGCUGGUUCACCAUUGACGUCAAAGACGAAAGAUGCCAUAAUUUUUGCGGUCAUAUGGGUUAUCAAAGAUCCAUUAUCUAUCGAUUCUGGGUCGACCAAGACAAACAAUAUCCAGAAAUCGGUGCUGAUGCAAAUGCAAAUAAAGAAAAUCAAUAUCUUGAUUCGCCCAGUUCAUCCCAAUUGUCAUGGCUAGAAGUUUCACCGAACCCCAGACUGGUCACCACCACUCCAGCACCUAUGAGACGUUUGUCACAAAGCUCGGCUGAGAAAUCACCAAGCCUUACGCCCGUGAUAUCAUUGUUUUCAACUCCAAUAUUGUCACCACUUAAUCUGUCAAUAUUAUCUUCAGUGGGGUCUCAUACUUCAAUAAAAUCGCAGACUAGCCUAUUAUAUUUCGCUCCGUCAUGCGCCCCUAGUCAAUCUAUAAGACAGCAUCAAUCAUCGUCAUCAACAUCAUCAUCGUCGUCAUCACCUUCAUCGUCAUCAACGUCGUCAUCGCCGUCAUCAGCAACAUCGAUAUCAUCACCCGUAUCAUCAACGCCUAAGCCAUCGUCCACAGAAAUUUUGGAAAUAGAAGACGAAAAUGUGCAGCAGCCAGAAGAAACUAGUGAUAAUAUCCCCAACCAAAGGAUGUCGCCAACAACUACACCAAUUCCAGGAUGGGACGAUAUAUCACAAAUGCCUAGCGAACUACGUGCCAAAAUUGAAGACAUUUGUAGUACCAGAAAAAAAGGUCAACGUGUAAAAUUUUUAUUCGCUGUCGAUCACCACACCUACAAUGUGACCAUAGCAAAGAGUGGUAACGCAAAAGCAGAGCUGCAUAAAUAA